CGUAGUGUGUAGUGUUUGGUACACCUAUACAUGAUAGGUUAGAAUAGCUAUUUUCAUAAUUAAAAAUAUUUGCGCUAAUGUGGCAAUGUCAUGUGAUUUUUAUGAGAUAUUCGAAUGUUAUAUAUUGAUAUAUUGACAGUCGAAUGUAAUUUUUUAUCGGACGAAGUUACAUAUUGCCGUGAGAAAGGGUCCUAUCAUGGAGUGACGAUUGUUGGAGAUCGUUGUUUAUAGCCUCCUUGUCGAAACGGUUCCGAUCAAGGUUAAAUCGAUAGUAAUUGCUUAUUUUUAAGCGCUGUGCGAAUCAGUCAGAAAAAAUGACCUCGAACGAAGCAGGUGUAUCACUCGUCCCUCGAGAGGAUAUCAAUUGGCGGAAAGAUUUAAUUUCGCAAUUACGCGAAAGAAACAGAUCGCAAACCAAUUGUUUUGCGGAUCUCAUUAAUCUGCAUAAUAGGUUAUUUGAAAGUGCAAAUACGUUGCGAAAUUCAAACAUGCAAUUGACAAUUGCAAAUGAGACUCUUCGUCGUGAAGCAGCUAAUGGCACUAUCGGUGUAAGUGGAAACUCUGAUCUUGAAGCUAGACUUUUAAAACAAGCAGAAGAAUUGGCGAUGCUACAUAAGAGAAAAGGAGAACACACACAACAAAUAGUAGAUCUUAAUAAUAAAUUGCAAGAAGUAACGAAAGAACUUCAAGCAAAGGAAAUCAGUCUUGCAGAAAGUUUGGAAGCUAAUACCAACUUACGUUUAGAAAUAACAAAAUGCCUUGCUAGAGAAAAGGAAACAGAAUGUAUUAAUCAGAUGCUUAAAGAUGAACAUCAGGCCUUGCAACUUGCUUUUGCUUCUUUAGAAGAGAAGCUUAGAAAAACACAGGAAGAAAAUCGACAAUUGAUUGAACGUUUAAUAAAAUAUAAAGCUAGAGAUGCAGAAAAAAUGAAUGAAGAGAAUGACAACUUUUUAAGUUUUACGAGUCCAACAGCCUUUUUGAUGCAUACCUUAUCAAAGUUUGGAAAGAGGCAAGCAAAAAUGCAAAAAGAAUUGGAAGAUGCAGCACGAGACACACGACCUGUUAGCCCUGAUCGUUUAAGCUUAAAAGAAGUUGCUGGUCUUCCAACAGCAGUGCCGACAAAAGUAUCCGUAACAUUUAGUGCUCAUGAGGGAGAAGUAUAUGCUGUUAAAUGGUCGCCUACUGAUAGAAUUCUGGCUACUGGUGGUGCUGACAGGAAAGUGAAAUUAUGGAACAUUACUAAAGGUACAUCGGAGAGCAAAGGCAUCCUCGUCGGCAGCAACGCCGGUGUGAUGUCGGUGGACUUUGAUUCGACGGGAAUCCUCAUUCUUGGAGCGUCCAACGAUUAUGCAAGCCGCGUCUGGACUGUCAGUGAUCUUCGUUUAAAGCACACGCUCACGGGCCACUGCGCAAAGGUGAUGGCGGCAAAGUUUCUUGGCGAGCCGUCAAAAGUAGUUACGGGAAGUUAUGAUCGCACGUUAAAAAUCUGGGAUCUGCGCAGCAAAGCAUGUAUAGAGACGAAAUUUGCUGGAUCUAGUUGCAAUGACCUCGUAACUUCAGACGGUGCUGGCUCCACGAUAAUCAGUGGACAUUUUGAUCAAAGAAUCAGGUUUUGGGAUACGAGAGCUGAAUCUAGCUCAAAUGACAUUCUACUAGAAGGAAAAGUUACAUCCUUAGAUUUGUCUCGUGACGCAAAUUACCUUUUGAGUUGCGUGAGGGAUGACACGGUGAAAUUGAUUGAUCUACGAAUGAAGAAGAUUGUUGGAUCCUUUAGCGCUGACGGCUUCAAAGUGGGAUUCGAUUGGACAAGAGCUGCUUUCAGUCCUGAUGGGCAGUACAUAGCAGUUGGUUCCGCAGACGGUUCCGUCUUCAUCUGGUCUAUAGCGACGAAUAUGAUCGAAACAAUAUUAAAGGGACAUACGGCAGCAGUAACUGCCGUAUCUUGGCAUCCGCACGGCACGUACCUGGCGUCUGUCGAUCGUGCCAAGACAGUGACAGUUUGGGGCGACCACGUUUGACAGGAGGAGUGAUCCCGGGACAGACGAUUAUUGUUUCAUGCAUGAAGAUCUCAUGCCGUACUCGAGCUUCUCGCAACUGUGAAAACGAAGCGACCGCGCGCGCGCACGUGUUCACGAUUCACGUCAGCAAUGCAGCGAGAAAAUCACCCAGUGAACGCCCAGCAGGAGGAUAAUCAAAAUCGUUGGUCGAUUUGGCCGCUCGAGUUGUAAAGCCUUGUAAGGAUGCCGUUUCGAGACUGUAAAGCGCAGACACUGCACUGAACAAAUCCAGAGACGGUAGAGACUAUUGUACAUAAAAUUGCACUUAUUGUUACUCCCAGGUUGUAAAGAUUCCCUUUUUAGAAUAGUAAAACGCCGCGCCGCGCCGCGCCGUCUACCCGCAGGAAAUUUAAGAGAUUAUUGUAGUUACUCAUGUUUCGAGAUUCGCUAGGUAUACGCUUUUCUUUGCUAUUUUUGAAAGUACAGUCGCGUAUCAAUCGUCUGUACCGGCAAAUUUGGGCGCUCUCGGGAUGGAAAGACUAGAUGUGACAUCCAUGGUAUUGCGGUAGAAUAUUCUUUUUGCACGAGUGAAUAUUUAUAAAAUAUAUGAUCCCUAAAUUUUUUUUUUUUUUUCUUUUCAACAGAAAGUCAAUUAUUGAAAUAUUUCCUAGCAGAACUGGAUGUUGUCAACGAUCGAGCACGAUAAAUGAUAUUUUUUGAGAUAUAAUGAGAUAAGUAAAUAUAAAUAUAUAUAAACACUAAUGUAAACGCGCUAGAUUUGAAUGAGAUUAUUUCCUCAGAAUUAAUUAGCAUUAUUAUCAAGAACAAUUUAACAACUAUUUCAUGCCUACAAAAAUAAUUAGCAUUAAUUUAGUUAUUAUUUUCCUUGCAUACUGAAAAUUAUCUUAUAGAUAUCAGAUAAUCACUCUAAGAACUUUGUUCCUAUAAUUUAUAAGAUUAAUUUCCACUGGAAUAAUCUCACUCUAAUUUAUGACAUCACUUGUAAUUCGAUUCGUCAUCAGAUUCUCCAACAUCAGUGAAACUCAUAUGUCUUAAUAUGAAUCUGAUAGAAUGGAAAUCAGAAAUAUAUACGGAUUGAAGAAACAAGCACAAUAAUUGUACGAUAUUGAUACUAAUUAAUUACGUUACACAUGAUUUACAUGAUUAAUUUACACAAUUUAAUUAUUUUUACUGAUAAAUGCGAUAAUUAGUUAAUUAACAUUAUUUACAUAAAUUUUUUAAAAUAAACUAAUAUUAAGAUAUAGGGAGGAUUAGAAUCGCGAAUGGGCUCUACCAAUAUAAAUUAAAUGUCGGAUUUUUGCAACUACGAUAGUUGGCUAAGUUUUUAGCAUUUUUGACAAUCACGUAAAUUUUUUAUUAUCAUAUCGCGCAUAUAAUAAUAUUAUAUUAUGUCCAUCAUUUAGGAAUAAUGUGCAACUAUCCGAUUUUAUAUUUAUGACUACACAAAUAAUCUCUCAAUGCUAUCUAUUUCGCAAUACUUUUAUUUUUUUACAGAGCUCUUCAAUUAGUGAAUUUGAUAUUUAUGAAUAUAUUUGCAUAAAAUUAUUAGUAUUUUAUGAGUAGUAGUUAAAAAAAGAAAUAAAACGAUUUUGUUCUCAAAUUUAUAUAUUGUUUUGUGAAGCAGCUAUAAAAAAAAUAUUAUAUAUAUUAAAUUUAUUUAAUUG